AUUAAAAGUCUAGCCUAUUUAUUAUUCAGCAAAGUCCAUAAAUAGGUAAAGGUUAUAAACGCCAAUGCACAAUUAAAUAAUUAUGUGUAUUGCUGAUUCCAGGACCGAGAUUCAAGAUGAGCCAUGUCAGCCACCACAACUUGAAUUCGAUGUGCUAGAUUAGACUAGCUAGUUCCACCGUAUACUAACUAACACAGUAGGCCUACCCUCCUUCGAGGCCUCCCUAACCACUAACUCUAGCUAGGCAUAGGCGAUCCUAAUUCUACCUUCAUGACGCAAGGAAGCAAUCUUCACUAGUGCAGAAACCAUGAAGAUUCUUGUGUCAUGUAGGCUUCUCCGGACUGGAGUCAUGUUUGCAGUUAUCACAGUUGUUACCUACGUGUUUCUUAGUCUGUGUGCUAACAUAUCGACCGUUAAACGCAGCCAUCCAACUGGACCAUCCGAGCAAAGCCAACAGUUGGACCCCAGUCUCAAACAAAGUAGUCUCCCGCUCUCUUCAUCCAUCCCCCAAAAUGACUACUCGUCCGAGAAUGAACUUGUCCAUUUGAAACGUAACGACCCAGAGUUCAGCUUCAGGAAAAACAGUCUGUUUCAGCCAUCAAAAUGCCCAACAUCCAUUCAGAAGAAAUUGCUGAAUAUUUCUUGGACGUCCGAGAAGUACCAUCCAGAGAUUAAGCAGCUGCUUACCAGCUCCAACAUCAGCGUGCAAGAAUACCAGAGACUUUCAAAGUAUUGGAUGCCAUUUGGAUUUAAGUAUCAUGUCGACUUCACAUAUGAAGAGCUUCUGAAGGUUCUUAGACUGUUCCCAAGAGAGGAGUCCAUCUUUGACUUCUCUCAAUCUGAGACCAGACCUCAGUGUAUCUCCUGUGCCGUCGUCGGUAAUGGAGGAAUUCUUAAUGGAUCCAAGAUGGGCAAAGAAAUUGACGGUCACGAUAUGGUGUUUAGGGUGAACAAUUGCAUCAGACGUGGCUAUGAAGUGGAUGUUGGGAAUCGGACCACCCACCUUGUGUUGAUGGAUCGAUCACUCGGGCAGACUAACAUUAAAGAUGUACCCAGAGAUAAGGGAAUCAAGUAUAUACUACUACCAUGUCGUAAGAACGACUUUGAAUACAUCGUAAACGAGGUGGCUGGCACAAGUCGCAGGCGGAAGUUACGCGCCGAUGCGAACGAUGUCAGGAUUCUUCAUCCCGAUUUCAUUCGAUAUGUUCACAAAAUAUGGGAAAAUACCAAAGCUUUCCGACCGACGACGGGCGGAAUGAUGUUUUUCACUGCUCUCCAUGCUGGCUGUGACAGUAUCAGUGUCUAUGGUAUGGGCUUCACGGGCCACUUCACAGAGCACUACUACGAUCGUGCCUUUAUCAGAUACAAGAGUUUCAAAGCGAGUCAUGACUUCGGGAAAGAGAUUGAAAUACUUCAGAGUUUGAAUAGGGAUGGAGUUAUUCUAUGGUACAAACGAGAUGUACCAGAGUUCCAGUGAGAACAUGACAUUUUUAUUUUGGUUACUCCACGUAGACAAUGAAAUAUUAUAGACUUUGAAAACGGCAAUCUCAAGUAUUAAUCUAAUUCUGGAUUCCCUCUGGUAAUACUGAACAAUGUUUGAAUCCUGCCCUGGUCAGUCGCAACACUCGUAUCCUUGAGGAAGGCACUUCAUCAUAAUAGCUUUUCUCCACCCAGGAAUACAAAUGGGUACAGGCAAGAGCUGGGGAGUCACAUGCGAUGGACUGGCAUCCGUCCAACGGGGAAUAUAGAUAUUCUCAGAGAUUGGGAUAUGGGCUGUGAACUGGUCAUGACACUUGUGUCCUUGACUAUGCACUAUGCAUAAUUGCUUCUCUUUGCCCAGGAGUACAAAUGGGUAACAUGGUACCUGUUCUGACCGUUCUGACCACCACAGCAUCCCUGGGUUGUAUACUCCCCAGGGAGCUGAGAAAGAUUACAGGAAUGUUAUUGGCCCAGUGAACAGGUCACUAAGUGCACGAAGAUGUACUGUAAAAUACGCUAUUCAAAAUCUACUUAUUUUUAUUAUUAUUACGACUCACCAGUACUGUGCCUUCUACAUGUGUUCAUCACUUCAGUGCAACUAGAUCAUAAUAUAACAACCAUUAUUUUUUCUCUUGCAAAAAGGUGGUAUUUUUGUACGAAACCCUUGGAUAAGCCAUUUGGAGGUAUAGUGGAGUCAUUACCAAAGGACACUAUUUAGGUUUGGGUACAUUGUUUGUAUUGACCCCUUGCAUGCACUUCACACGCGGCAACUGUGCCACACUCAUCAUAUUAUGUGUAAACGCUGUGACGCCUAAAAUGCGCACUUCACUGAAUAAUGCACAGAGUGACAUUUCACACCAAUAUGGCGGAACUAAGAUUAUUCUGAUGAUGAUGACGUCAGGUGAAUUGGGUCAACCAAACAAACGGUGCACACAUAUGGUGUUCGCCAUAUCUCAAAAUGGCUACUUGAGUAAAACAUGACCUAAUUGCAUGUUGCAAAUUGCUGUUGUUGGGGGUUUUCCAAAAAAUUACUUUUGGACUAAACUCAACUGAGUUGCAAACUUGUUGUACUGACAAGACAAUUUAAACAAUGUGCCAAAUAAACAACUCUCUGGGAUAUCUUUACAUUUUGUACUCUUAAUAUUGUACUAAAAAUUCUCUUGUCGUCCACCAUUUUUUCUUCUUCUAAUCUUGCUCAUGGCCAUGAAUAAUUAAAACACAGCUUUUUGUAGCUUAAUUAGUGAUAACUAAUGAGAGUUUAAUGUUGUAGUGUGUCUUUACGGAUUAGUGAGUGAGUUCUACAAACUAAGAUGUACUUAAAUGAAUGAGAUCAACACGCAGAUGUGUGUGUUUCUACAGUGCUAAAACAAUUCCAGAUAAUUUUCUACAUAAUUACAGACACAAAUUAAUUGAAUGUUAACAAAACUAUGUGCAAUGACAAUAAUUUAUUUCAUUAUUGUAAUAAGUAGAGAUUUGAAACUUUGCAUGGUGGGAGUAUAACCAGAUGAAGUUUG